AUGUCUUCUGUUUUCUCUUACGAAAUUCAAGCCAUAACUCCGGUUUAUACAAAGAGAGCAGAGUCUCCCGAAAACAUUCUUGAUCGUUCGACUUUUUUGGAAGAGUUCAAAACGGAUGCUUAUUUGGAGGAUUUUUAUAGUAGGAUUGAUGAGCCAGCGAUGCAGAUGGUCCUUAAAUAUUUGCCAAAUAUAGUUGCUCGUAUUGGGAAUAUAAAUCGUCUUCUGGAUUUCGGUGCGGGACCAACUAUUCAUGUGGCUGCUUGUUUCCGAAACUCAUCUGAUGAGAUAUAUCUUGCUGACUAUUUGCCACAAAAUCGUGAAGAGCUUAUCAAAUGGAAGAAUGGCAACUCCCAGUUUGAUUGGAGCAGCACCUUGAAAAUCAUUUUAACUCAAGAAGGGCAGGAUUGGACUACUCUCGAUAACGUCCAACUGUUGACCAGAAAGAAGGUCAGAUCUAUCCAUCAUUGUGAUUGUUUUGCAAACCCUUCCUUGGAAGCUCCAACAAUCCUAUUGGGAACAUUUGAUGUUGUCGUCACAAUAUUUUGUAUUGAAUAUUGUUGUAAUACAUAUGAUGAGUACAAGUCGGCCAUCAAAAAUAUUGCGGAUCAAAUUAAGCCCGGAGGCUAUUUGGUGAUGGGUGGAAUAUUGGAAGAAACGUGGUGCUCUUUCGGCGGACGCAAAUUCAGUUGCUUGUACAUUACCAAAGAAGACAUGCUGAAUGCUUUGAAUGAGGCAGGAAUUCGUAUUGUGAAAGACAAAAAGUGCAUGAUGUAUGAGAUAAACGGAAUGUUCAUCAUCUGCGCCAGGAAAGUUAGAGAUUCUGAUGAGUUCGAUGAGUAA